AUGGGUCGCAAUCGAGCGCUCUUGGCUGUCUUUGGCGCCCCGUCGGUCUGUUGUGCAGCAGAGCGUACAGUGGUACUGCGGCGUGUGCGACCUGCUGCCACCCGCCACCUGUCACCUCCUCUUUCCUUUCCUCGUGCUGACCAGUGGCCGAUAGUUGUCUCGUUCAUGUCCUCAUUUUCUGCUGGGCGCAAGACACCGACUUCUCCUUCGUCAACGCCUCCCUCGGACGGCGAGUCUCCCUUGUCCAAGGAUUUAAAAACCAAGGUCAAGAAGCGUCACUCGCUCGCGCACAUCACGCUGCGCAGCCCUCCCACGCCGCCGUCGCAGUCGGACUAUGGCAGCCCAGUAAACAGCGUCGACAUCAACAGCGUCGAUAUCAACAACGUCGAGCCUCCCCGCCGCAGCCGAAACAGUCCGUCGCGGAAUAGCGCACGACCCAUGUCCAUGAUACAGACCUACCAGCCCAUGGUCAUGGAGGUCAACCAGGACACGAUUCCGGAGCUGCAGCCCAUCUUCUCGCUGCUCAACAGCCACUCCAACAAGCUGUACCACGAGGGCUACUUUUUGAAGCUGGAUGACCAGAAUACACAGGGCAAGCCGAAUCCCGACAGAACUUGGACCGAGUCCUUUGCGCAGCUCGUCGGCACUGUGCUCUCCUUGUGGGAUGCCGCAGAAUUGGAUGCCGCCGGUGAAGAUGGCGAGGUUCUUCCCAAAUUCAUCAAUCUCACAGAUGCCUCACUCAAAGUGAUCGACUCGCUGCCGACUCGGUCUAGCGAUGAGCAGCCGCUGCAAAACAUUCUCAGCCUUUCCACAGCCGGCAAGAAUCGGUACUUGCUGCAUUUCACUUCUCAUGAGUCACUUGUCCAAUGGACAUCAGCUGUUCGAUUGGCCAUGUAUGAGCAUGCCGCCCUCCAAGAAGCCUAUACUGGCGCCUUGAUUGCCGGCAAGGCCAAAUAUCUCAACAACAUCAACGUCAUGAUGGAGAGAUCCAAAGUUACGAUAGGGGCCUGGGUCAGAGUCCGAUUCGGCGCUGGCGUGCCAUGGAGACGCUGCUGGUGUGUUGUCACACCACCUGACGAAAAGGAAUACAACAAGCUUCAAAAGGAGAUGAAAAAGAAGGCUCCCUAUGACCGAUCUCAUGCUCGCGUCGUCAGAGGAGAUAUCAAGUUCUACGAUGUCAAAAUCGAAGGCAAAAAGCAAAAGAAGACCAAACCCGUCGCCUCCAUCAGUGAAGCCUACUCUGCCUAUGCAAUCUACCCCCAAGCCAAGUCGCUGAUCGACGCUUCCACUCUCAUCAAGAUUGAAGGCAACAUUUCAAUUUAUUCCACGCCACCGUCAUCGUCGGAAGGAUUCGUCUUCAUCAUGCCCGAGACACGCCCUGCUGUCAGCGGCUUCGAGAUGAUGCUCCGCUUUUUGUUCCCAACCUGGGAUACUUUUGGCCUGUACGGCCGCCCGGGCAGAAUUGUUGCUAGCGUGCUGGAUGCUAGGUCGCUCAUGUUUGCUAUGCCCAAGCACAAGAAGUACGGCUACUUGGAGCUGCAGGACGUUGAGACGCUCUUGCUCGAUGAAAAGAGUUCGACCUGGGAUGAGAGGGAGUGGCGAAAGCGUCUCAAGGAUGCCACUGGCGCGCGAAUGAACUCAAUCGAAGACGGAAGCCGAGCUUACUCUCCCUCUUCCUCUUCACACAGAGCUAGCGCCAGACUGAGCUACAACAACAAGCCCAGAGCAGUAGGUUUCGCCGACGAUGACUUGCGCAACUCCUCGGACUCGGCUAGCCCAAUCUCGACGGACUCCAGCUCUUCGCCAAAUGACCAGUCCCCCUUGGAAAUGGCUGGGCGAGUGGGAAGCUCAAGCUCGGAUGAGGAGCGGGUGGUCACGCCGAAUGGCUAUGUCGAGCCCAUCGAGAGCAGCAACGGAGCCAUCCGCACGCCGGAACCUGUCGUUCGACCUCCGCUCAUGAACCGACUUCCCUCGGAUCGCCCAAGCAACGCGCCAUAUCACUCACCCGACCUUCGACGAGCCAACAACCGCCUGUCCCAAGGCACUCUGGCACAAAUGGCCAAGGCCGGUGGAAUUGCUUUGCCAGGAGUUCCCGAUAUCCCGGAUGACGACGACGAAGAUUCCUACCACACCGCGCCGCCACCACCAGUCCCGGUUCACGGCGGCGAUGGUAACACCUUUUACGCCAACGAGAACCGAUCAGCUCAUUCCUUGAACCCUCCGCCGAGUCACCACAGCCAUCACAGUCAUCAUAGUUACCAAGAUGGCGACCGCCCGCCCACCGGCUACUCCAACCGAUCCAACCGAUCCAACCAGCGACAGCCAUCUCCGUACGGCGCGAGAGUCCCUUACUCGCAUGACGAGUAUGACCAGAGGCCGUCUACAGGCGACGCUUAUCAUGGCCAGCGUCCGCUCCCGCCGCCUCAUGCGACAUCCUACCCCAAUGAUCGCUAUGCUGCCUACUCUCCAAAUGGUGGCUCUCCCGGACAUCGACAAGGACACCCUCAGCGGAAACCCCUGCCCAUGAGACCCGGCUCUUAUGACAAUAAACACCAGAGUAUCACUCCCAACGACAUUAUUGAUCAUUAUACUACCCAAUCUCGAGCUCAAUAUGACGGCUUCCUCCCCCCUCAGCCACCGAUGCAUCUCGAGUUUAGCAACGAGUUGACCAACGAGCUUCAGCAACCUUUUGUGGACCGACCCCGCGCGGGUGUUUUGAAGACGGUCGGCGGUGCUGAUCCGGAUGCCCAUUAUUCCCCCGGCUUCGACAUGGCAAGCGUCAACUUUGGACCAACAGUAAACUACGGUGCCCCUCCCGUGCUUCGCAAGCCUGCGCCCCCUACAGCGCAAGCACCGCCGCCGAGGACACCCACAGAGCACCCCAGCCACAGGAGACAGGACUCGGCGACCAUGCCAUGGCAGCCUGCUGCGGUUUCGCCCAGCUCUCAGCGAUCCCCUGGCCUCACUCCCCAGCAAUACGUCCAGCAUCGAGCCUCUAUUGCUUCGGCACCGUACGGACAUGGGAGAACCCUCUCGGCCAACUCCCUGGGCUCCAUGAUGGCACCAAGCCAGCAUGGUGGAUACCAGCAAUCGGUAUCCAAUAUGCAGCAAUACUAA